GGAAAGAAAGGCGAAAUCUGAAACGUGAAAGUAAAGAUACCUGCGGGUAAGCAUUCAAUUCUUCCCUUUCAGCUUCUUUUUUGGUGUUAGAUUCACUUUCAAUUAUUGCUUCCCACUCUUUUAUAGUGUCACUCUGAUCUCAAACACAAUAGACAGAAUGGAGAAUUCAACAGAGAAGAACGUGACAAUAUCUUUAAACAUUCCACAAGUUCGUGACAGUAAUGAGUCUCCUAGGGUGGUCAGCAAUGCUAAGCCCUUUGGAGAAGAAGAGAAGCAUAAAGAAAUUCCAGAGAAUAAUGGGCAUAUGAUCUGUCUUCCCAUCAACAGCACUGGAGAGACGCAAGCGAAUUUGGCUCAAGUAAUUGCCCAUUAUGUUGGGACCCUAAAUAAAAAACAAUUGCGCUUUUUAGGUUAUUCCACUAAUCAAGAAUUUGACUAUGACGCAUUAGCACCAUUAUUGCAUUUUCACAUAAACAAUGCUGGCGACCCAUUUAUAGGGAGUAGUUAUAGUCUAAAUUCAGUGGAAUUUGAAGUACCCGUGCUUGAUUGGUUUGCCAAUCUGUGGGAGAUAGAGAAAGAGGAGUAUUGGGGAUACGUCACAACUGGUGGAACAGAGGGAAACCUUUAUGGGAUAUUAUCUGGGAGGGAACAAUUCCCAAAUGGAAUUUUGUACACAUCACAGGACUCGCAUUAUUCAAUAUUCAAGACUGUAAAAAUGUAUAGAAUGCAAUGCAUAAAAGUUGGCACUUUGAUCUCUGGUGAAAUCAAUUAUGUUGAUCUAAAAGCUUUACUUCUUGCUCAUAAGAACAGGCCAGCCAUCAUCAAUCUAAAUAUAGGAACUACUAUGAAAGGAGCAAUUGAUGACAUUGAUCAUGUAAUACAAACACUUGAGGAAAGUGGCUUCUCUCGCGAUCAAUUCUAUAUUCAUUGUGAUGGAGCUUUAUCCGGAAUAAUGUUGCCAUUUCUUAAACAAGCUCCAAAGGUUACCUUCAAGAAGCCCAUUGGAAGUAUAUCCACUUCUGGCCAUAAGUUUUUAGGAUGCCCAAUUCCUUGUGGUGUUGUCAUAACACGCCUAGAACAUGUCAAUGCUCUUUGUAGAGAUGUUGAAUACAUUAAAUCAAGGGAUGUCACAAUCACGGGUAGCCGUUGUGGGCUUACCCCUAUUUUCCUCUGGUAUGCACUCCAAGAAAAAGGUUUAAUAGGACUUAAGAAAGAAGCACAAAAGUGCAUCACAAAUGCAAACCACUUACUCGAUAAACUACAUGAAAAUGGAAUUGGUGCAAUGCAAAACAAGUUCAGUAAUACCGUUGUAUUUGAAAGGCCUCUAAAUGACGACUUUGUGCAAAGGUGGAGUUUGUCUUGUGAAGGAAAUAUUGCACAUGUGGUUGUGAUGCAGCAUGUCACUAUUGAAAUGCUAGACUCCUUUGUUAGUGAACUUGUUAAAAAACGAUCUAUUUGGUUUCAAGGUGGACUGAUAAAGCCUCCAUGCAUCUCAAAUGCCAUUGGUAGAGAAAAUUGUGCCUGUGCAUUGCAUAAAUCGUUGUAAAAGAGGGAGGAAUGCAUUUGAUGAUAAAAAUGUAAUCCAUGAUAUUAUAAUUGAUAAAAUUGAUGUACUCAUCAAUCAUUAGAAACUUUUAUUUUAUGAAGAAUCAUAAAUAAAAUGGUUUUAACCAUAA